AUGGAGAAAUAUUUUGGAAAAAGACCAAGAAUUUUGGAUUCUUGUCCAGAACUAGAAGCACAUAAUGCUGAAGAAAAUUUGAUGGAGAAUGAUGAUAUAAAUGAAAGUGAAAUCAAGGCUGAUCCUGGUUUGCGAAAACCAAUUGCAGAAUAUGGUGUGAAUAUCCGGGAUCGUAUUCGUAGAGAAUAUGUAGCAAAAGGCCCUUGUCAACCAAAGGAAUAUAGUGAAUCGAAACAUGCCGCAUAUUGCUUUUACUGUUUUCUUUUCAAGCGUGGUUAUGUGGCACCGGGAGAUGAAGCCUUCACUAGUUGUGGUUUUUCUAAUUGGAAAAAAGCACUAGAAAAAUUCAAGGCGCAUGUUGGGGAUAAAAGUAGUGCACACAACAAAGCAAGGAUAGAAUAUGAAAAUUUUGUCAAUCAAAGGCAAAGUGUGACUUAUGUUGUAAGUAGAGGUUUGCCUUUUAGGGGACAUGACGAGUCAUCUACGUCUUUGAACAAAGGUAAUUUUCUUGAGUUAUUAGAAUGGUAUGGUUUGAGGAAUGAUGAAGUUGGUAAAGUGAUUUUGAAAAAUGCCCCUGGAAAUAACCAAAUGACUUCUCCAUCAGUCCAAAAAGAUAUGGCUAAUGCUUGUGCGGUGGAAACCACACUUGAUAUAUUGGGAGAACUUGGAGACAGACACUUUUCAAUCCUAGUUGAUGAGUCACGUGAUUGCUCAACAAAUGAGCAAAUGGCAACUGUCAUAAGAUUUGUGAACAAGGAUGGCCAGAUAAUUGAAAGUUAUCUUUGUCAAGGAUACGAUGAAGCAUCUAACAUGCGAGGUGAAUGCAGUGGAUUGAAAGCACUAAUUUUAAAGGAAAAUCCAUCAGCUUGUUAUCUUAUCUCGAUUGUCACAACAUGUGGUUCUUCUUGCAAAAGGGCUGAUAUGAUUCGAAAAAUUGAGCACGAUAGACUAGUUGAAAUGAUAGAGAAUGGGGAAAUCGGUACUGGUAGAGGCCAAAAUCAAGAAACUUCUUUGAAGAGACCAGGUGAUACUCGAUGGGGAUCUCAUUAUGUCACCGUGAUUCGUCUUGCAAAUAUGUGGCAGUCAGUAACCGAUGUACUUGAAAACGUACUUGUUGAUGGAGAAGAAUAUGAAACAAGGGGCAAAGUUGUAGGUCUCGUACAGAAAAUGGAGACUUUUGAAUUUGUAUUCAUCUUUAUGUUGAUGAAACAUUUGUUGGGGGUUAUUCAACCAUUGUCUUGUGCCUUGCAACAAAGAGAUCAAGAUAUUUUAAAUGGGAUUUUCUUGAUAGAGAAUGUGAAAGAAAGCUUGAGAUCAUUUCGAGAAUUUGGAUGGGAUACUUUCUUGCAAGAAGUGAAUGAUUUUUAUGGGGCAAAUGACAUUUCAAUAACAAACAUGGAUGAUGAUGCUCCAAAGCGGAUUAGUAAGAGGAAUGGUUCAAACAUCAAGAACUACCAUCAUUAUCGCGUUGAAAUAUUUUGUCAGGUCGUCGACUUACUUACACAAGAGAUGGAAAAUUGUUUCUCUGAGGCAUCCACAGACUUGCUAAGUUGUAUGGCAUGCCUCGAUCCAAAAAAUGAUUUCGCUGCUUUUAAUGUUCAUAAGCUUGUUCAUCUUGCUACUCUUUACCCAAAGGACUUCACAUCGACUCAACAUACUGAAUUGUUUAAACAACUUGAAACUUUUGUUGAUGUUGUGAGAAGAGAUGCACGAUUGAAUGGUAUUGAAGAUUUGGCUAGCCUAUCUCAUAAGAUUGUUGAAACCAAGAAAGAUAAAGUUUUUCCGUUGGUUUAUCGUCUGAUUGAGUUGGUAUUGAUUUUACCUGUAGCGACUGCAUCUGUUGAGAGAGUAUUUUCAGCAAUGAAAUUUGUCAAGACUGACUUGCGGAAUAGGAUGGGAGAUGAGUGGUUGAAUGACAGUUUGGUAGUAUACAAUGAAAGAUCCAUCUUUGCUAGUGUUUCUAAUGAAAGAAUCUUGAAACGUUUUCAAGAUAUGGAUACCCGUAGAAAUCAGUUGUCUCUGUUAACAGAUGCUAGAGCUACUUGA